AUGUCCCUCUUGCUCUUUCUGACAUUUAUUUUGGUAUUUUUCCUCAGUCACAAUUUGAAUACUUCAUUAUGCAUUCUUCUUUACAUUCACUAUUCCAUAUCCACCUUUUCUCUUUCUCUUGACCCCCUAGCUCUUCUCUUAUGCCCUGCUAGCUCUUCUCUUUCUCAUGUCCCCCUAGCUUUUCUAUUACCAAUGUCCCCCUAUCCUUCCUCUUUCUCCUGUCACCCUAGCUCUUCUCUUUCUCAUGUCCCCUCCCUACCUCUUCCCUUUAUCAUGUCCCUUUUUGCUCUUCUCUUUCUCAUAUCCCCCAACUCUUCUGUUCCCCAUAUCUUACUUGCUCUCCUCUUGAUCAUCUCUUUCUCACGUCACUCUUCUGUUCCCCUUAGCUCUUCUUUUUUUCAAGUCCCCUUAGCUCUCCUCUUUCUCAUGUUCCCUUUGCUCUUCUCUUUCUUGUAUUCCUUUUAUCUUUCUCCUUCCUGUGUCUAA